AAAAGCAUGUAGAGAGAGUGUCAGUUAAGAUACAUGGUCAGAAACUAGCCAGCCGGUAACAGUUUAGAAGACCUUCAAGUCAACUGGUAGAGAAAUGAUGAGGACUUUGAGCCUGUUCCCAAAAAUGGCUAUCCUAGGUCUGGUCUAAUAUUUCAGUAAAUGCAAAAUAAACACAAAGGAGGAACUUGAGAAGAAGAAAAAGAACUUGUAUUCAAAAUAAUAGUUUUAAAUACAAGGUUUGCUAAUUUAACAGGUAAAAAAGCAGAGAGGAAUAGAAUGUAUCUCUGCAAUUCUGGACUUCAUGUAUUCCAGAAAAUACUGCUCCUGCAAGAGUGUUAUAUUAAUUUGGUGAACUAGCCUUAUUGUGCUCAGGUGCUUUAUCCAUGUCUUGGAGAUUUCCAAAGUGCAAAGCUACUCCUAGAAAGAAACAAGAAAAGCUUCACUGGCCAGAGCAAGAGCUCUCAAAAAAGACAGUCUUGUGUCCGGAAGAAUACAGUUUCUUUCCUAAGAAUGAAAGCAGCAACAUUCGGCGCUUGUCCCAGUCAGGAAUCCUCAAGGACACAUUCACCACGGGGACUAGCAGCUACAACGUCCUUCUGCAGAGCAAAGAGGAAAAAAAACACCUCCAAAAGCACCCACUGGCCCACCACAAGAGACACCGGAAGCCGGCAAAGGCCCCUAAUGCUUCGCGGGGCAGCGAGCGCCAGAAGAUUAAGGCCCCGCCGCCUUUGCCCAGGAGCGGCUGGUGUGGCCUCAUCCGGCAGCCCUCCCUCUUCAUCACUAGCCCAAUACCCAGCGGCAUCAGGUUGGCACGCAGUAUUUCCGUAGCAGGGAGCAGCAUCGGCUUGCCCAAGACCAAGGCGAAAAGGCAUUCCUUCUCCAGCCUCGCGAAGCCAAAGCCGUUGCAGAGAUCCAGGAGCUAUUUAAGAGAGGGGGAUGCCUCUGGGCGGAAGUUCUGUAUCCUCACGGCCAUCAAGCCUUCCAACGUGGAGAAGGAGAAGAUGAAGUUCUUCAGGUCGGACUUCAGCUACAACCCGCAGUUUGAAUAUGCAAGCUCUGCAUUGUCCAGCGUGAUAGCAAAGCACAGCCAGGCGUCCAGCACGUUUCUCAAGCAGGCCAUCAAAAUCAUGGAACUGACUUUGCAAAAAUAUGGAAGCUACGAAAAUUUUGAGCAAGCCACCGGAGGCAGCCUCCUGCCCAGAAGUCGUAUCUGGAACCAUGUCAGGAAAUACAUGAUGAAAGAAGGCUGCCUAGGCGAGAUUGUGGUCCAUCUCUCCGACGACUUGCUUUCUCGAGCCUCGAUGACCGUGGUAAAUGGCCGCCCAACUCUUACCAUCAAUAUUGCCACGGCACGUGAGCAUUGGCUGGAAGGAAUGCUGAGGCACGAAAUAGGAACUCAUUAUCUGAGAGGCAUUAACAACAACAGCCAGCUGUGGAGCACCUGGAAUGGGCGAAGAAAACAUGGCCUCAAACCCAUCAACCCCACAGAGGAAGGCUUGGCAAGUAUCCACAGUGUUCUCUUUCGGAAAGAUCCCUUCCUGUGGAGGGCUGCACUCCUAUAUUACACGGUCUACCAAGCAAGCCAGAUGUCCUUCCAAGAGCUCUUUCAGGACAUUGGGAAGUUUGUCACAGAUCCCAAUACCAGGUGGGACUAUUGUGUUCGAGCCAAGAGAGGCUGGACCGAUACUUCUAUUCCAGGUUGCUUCAGUAAAGAUCAGGUCUACUUGGAUGGCAUCCUCCGCAUUCUGAGAUACCGACAUACCAUCGAUUUCUGCUUGCUGACCGCUCUUGGAAAGGUCUCCUAUGAGGAUGUGGAUCGCCUGAAGGAUUUAGGAGUGAUUGAAAACAUGAGGGUGCCACACUUCUUGCAAGACCACGCGAGGUACAUGGAACAGCUAGAGAAGAUCAUGGAAGUCAAUGAUCUGUCUGACAUGGAGCUUAGACUUCUUUUGCCCUAAACCGCCACUCAUAUUUUUGCUUUCCACCUGCGUCAUUUAUACCAGUCUGGAACGCAGUGAAUCCUGACUCACAGAAGUGGAGUAAAUAACCUUAUUUUUGAUGCCUGGCAAAAAUCUAUAUUCUUUAAAUCUGCUUCUCUGGUGGUGGUAUGUUUUUUUUCCUAAGGGGGUAAAAUGCACAGGUGCAGUCCAGAAGUUGUUUACUUUCAAAGGUGGGAGGAAUGCUCCUUUCUACCCCAUUCUCAAGGAAUAUGAAAGAUUUUGUAAAUUUUUUGAGAUUAAAUUAUAGCUGGAACUCGCGGAUUAAAUUAUAGCUGGAAAAUCCUUUA